CGGCCACGGAGAACGCACUCACAUCCUUCGCGCGGAUUCGGUCGACAUGACGUGCUGCUGUUGCCGCCGCCGCCGCCGCCACCACCUCCGCCGCCAUUGCGCCGCUAAAUGAAAAACGCCACAGGCCGUUCGCGUUUCACAGACGACGACCAAUGGGUAAGUGUACAACGGCUGCUGCCGCAACGACCCCGGAGACGUUUAUGCCCGCGCGUUCCGUUUUCUUCCGAACGUCUUAACGCGCGUCCCGUUCCAACCGAGGAGUUUGAUGUGUAGUCCACACGGUACCCGCGGUCGGACGGCCUCCCCGUUCGUCAUUACACCAUACGCCUGCCUAUAACAUGUAUUUCGCGUUUCUUGCGCAGAGGCUUUGGUCCAGUUCGACUACGAGGCCCGAGAGCCGGACGAGUUGACGUUGAAGAAGGGCGACAUCAUUACCGACGUCAAACCCAUGCCCGACGGAUGGAUGGAAGGCUACAAAGACGGCAAGAAAGGAAUGUUCCCGGACAACUACGUCAGGGUAUCUAUACCGCCGUCAUGUCUUAGUCGCCACUAAUAAUUAGGCACCGUCCAAUAAUCUUUGUUGUUAUCUUUGUCGUUACAGAUAGUUCACAAUUCUACAGGUGUCGUUUUGAGAAAAAGUAAGCCACCGUCAUAAGAUUGUUACACCAGUACCUAUUUGUCGUUUUUGCGCGCCUUAACAACAGAAUUUUGUUUCUAGAAAACGUAAGAAAGUGUAAAGUGUUGUUCAGUUACAAACCGGCCAACAGAGACGAAUUAGAACUGAACAUUGACGAUGUAAUCGAAGUUCUCGGUGAAGUCGAAGAAGGUUGGUGGAAAGGAGAGCUCAGAAAUGAAGUGAGUACCUACAGAUUUGUAUGUGCAAGUACUUUGAUAAUCAUUACAUUUCCAUGCUAUGUAUAUUUUCAUUCAAUAAUUGUAUUGUUUAUUAUUGUUUUUUUUUUUCUAUAAGAUAACCCAAGAACGAUAAUAUACUUCUUAUCACAGUGUACUUGUAACUUUAUUUAUGGACUACUUAUUUUUCAUAAUUUAUUAACUGCAUUGAAUGAUAAUAUUUUGUAUAUUUAAAUAUUAAUGUUAUAAAGUCUAUUAAAUCAGGCAAACUACCUACUUACAACUGAUAUUAUUUUCAUAAUAUGCUUAUUUAUUUCUUUAGUUUGUAACUAGAAAUGAAAAUGUUGAUAAUUAUUAACCUUAAACACAGUUAAUUGAUUUUUAAAUGAUAUAAUUGGUUGUGUUAAAAUAUUCAUUGGGCAAUGUCUGAUCUUUUUAAAAUGCACGUGCAUUCAAUUUUCAAUGAAUCUGUACUCAUUUUAAUUAACAAUUUAAUUAGGUAGAUAUAUUAGAUAUAUUUUGAUUUCACUAAUAAUAAUUAUUGUCAUUUUUAAAUCAUUUUGAAUAUUAUCAUUUUUCAAAGUUUCAUGAUUUUCUUUUCCAUGUAAAAAUACGUAACGCUAGAUAUUAUUCAUAGUUCAGCUUCUCGAUUCAUAAUUUGUUUGUAACAAAAAAAUGAGUCAUACGACGCAUAUCUGUUGGCUAUUUAAUGUAAACAAAUAAAGCUACACACCAAAUUAAUAAUUGUUAUGGUUUUGACAUACUUUUUAAUUAAUUUAACUUCUUCAUACAGUGCUUUCUUUUAUAUUAAAAUUUUAAAAAAAAAUAAGAAUAUUAAUGAUAAUUAAAAGAUAAUUAAUAAAUAGAAAGGUUUUAUUUGAUAAUAUUUUUCUGGUAAAUUAUUAGUCACUUUUGCCAUGUGUUUACAUAAAUAUAAUAUUUUAGAUUUGUAUUAUUGCCGUCAUCAAAUUAAUUAUUUAUGUACAAGAAUUAAGAUUAUAAUAUUAUAAUAGAUGUUAUGAAAUAAGUAACUAUUGACGGGGUUGCGAUGGGUAACACGACAAUAGGUUUGCUAGCAUAUGCUGAUGACUUAGCUUUUUUGGGAAAUAAUUUAAAUACUGUAAAACAGAAUUGUAGAAAACUAAUAAAUGUAGCAGGCAAAUGUGGUCUAAAGAUCAAUGACAAAAAAACGGAGUAUGUCAUAAUUGGAAGAAGAAGUAGAGAAUACCAACAAGGAGAUGACAAAAAAACGGAGUAUGUCAUAAUUGGAACAAAAAAACGGAGUAUGUCAUAAUUGGAAGAAGAAGUAGAGAAUACCAACAAGGAGAGUUGAUGGAAAUAGAUAACCAUAAGUUAAAGAGAGCAUCACAUUUUAAAUACCUAGGAUCUAUAAUAACACAAGAUGACCUUAAGAUGGAGAUGGACACUAGGAUUCUAAUGGGAAAUAAGUGCUUUUUUGGCUUAAGGAGUAUGUUUAGCUCAAAAAUCUUGUUGAAAAAAUUAAAAAUAAAAUUAUACAUGACCCUGAUAAGACCAGCAGUUUUAUAUGGCUCUGAGACAUGGACACUGAGAAAGGUAGAAGAAAAAAGACUUGCGGUGUUUGAACGAAAAAUUCUAAGAAGAAUCUAUGGACCAUGUAUCGAUUCUGACACUAGAGAAUGGACGAUACGCCACAAUGAUGAGCUGAAGAACUUGUAUCAAAAACCAGACAUUAUAUCCGAAAUUAAUAGGAGAAGAUUAAUGUGGGCUGGACAUGCCUGGAGGAAAGAGGGCUCUUUCAUUAAGGCGGUUAUUAAAGAAAAUCCGACUGGGAAAAGACCGUUAGGAAGANCAGGGAUGGUCUUGAAGGCCGUAACCCACAAGAAGAAGAAAGAAGAAGAUGUUAUGAAGUAGUAACCAAAACAUAAUGAUUACAUUUUAGAUAAAUGACUAAUUAAGAAAAGGUCAUAGCAAUAUUAUUGAUUAUUGUUAUUAUUUAUUUGCUUUGAUAACUGCAGAUAAUAUGAGUUCUUAUCUAAUAUUAUAAUAAUAUUUUAUAAUAACACAAUAUAUUAAUAUAUUAAACAACAUUUAAAAAUAUAUUGAAAAUAUUAUUCUCAAUACUGUUUCUAAAUAUAUUUUAAAUGACAAUUUUAUAUGUAUUAUGUAUUUUAAACGUUGUAACAUUUUAAUUUAACCAUAAAGUAAACAUAGUAAUCUUUAUUUUUGACAUUGAUAGAUUGAUGUGGUGGUAUUCAUAAAUAAAGAUUGUCAAUUUGGAAUAAUAACUACAUAUUUCCAUAAAAAAAAAAAAACCAUUUAAAUUCUGUUAUAAAAACUAUUAUUUUUUUUCUUAAAAUGGUUAUCUUUUUUAUGAACUUCAAUCAGAAUGUGUAAUCUGCAAUUAAUUUUGUGUAAUAGACAUACAUUUUAAUUCAUUUCGUGAAAUGGAAACUAUUAAUUUACGUUUGGGGUAUUUUUUUUUUUUUUUUUAACUUCUAUGAAUAAUUUUUAGAUAAUUGUCAUCGAAAAAUAACAUUGUGUAAUAUUAUGACAAAAUAAAUAUUAGAUACUAAUAAUCUAAUAUUAAUAUGCUUAUUAAUAUAUAUUAAUAAUAUUUCAUGUAUAAAAUAAUAUGAAGACUGCAAGUUAACAGCUGAAGAUAAAAUUUUAAUUAUUUACCUGUUUGUUUUUGUUGGUAAAUAAUUAUCUUGAUUAAUCUACUUAUCCGUUCAUCGACUUUACCCCAUCCAUUUGUUAUACAUUUGUUUAAAAUCAUAACUCAGAAAUGUUUGUAUCAUAAAAGUACAUUUUAAAUUGCGCUAUCUUGAUGGCAUAAAAAUCAAAGUUUAAAAUCAUAUAAUAUGUAUACAAAUUUCAAAUAAUCGUCAUAAUGGUAUUAUUUACCAAAUAUUUUAUUAAAACAAUUCUUACGCCACUAAUAUUAUCAUAGGUGACUCAGGUGACAAAUGUCAUUCGUUUAUUUACAAUACAACAAAAUUUAACUGAUAGUUUUGUGUUAACAUUAAUCAAAUACAAAUGUUUUAAUUAGAUAUAUUGCUUUUUGUAAAAUUCAAAGAAUAGAUGAAAUAAAAUUAUCUAAAAAUGAUUAAAAUGUGUAUAACUGUAGAUUCCGAAAUUACGAGAAUUUACUAAUCAAAUCAUAAUAACUGUGUCUUUUUUUUUUUGCUUUUGAUAAUUCGUAUACAAUAAAUAAUAAUUUUCAUUACUGUUGAUAUCUAAUAAAUGAAAACAAGUAAUCAAUUUUAUUCUUAUUAAUAUUAAAAUGUUCCUAGUCUUAAUGACUAUUUCAAAAAAGUUAUUCAUAUAAUAGUGUACAUUUUAAAAGAAAUUAAUUAUAUUGUAGAAUAACAGUUUCCACUUUUUGAUAAAAUAUGUGUCAAUUAAAUGAAACGAAAAACAGUUUACAUAUUCUUGAUCAUAGUUCAUAAAGUGGAUAUCUGUUUAUUGAGUGUUCAGUGACAAAUUUUAAUAAAUUUAAUGUUAUUGAUGGACUCAAUAUAUUUUACUGAACUGGUCUAAUAUUACAUACAAUUUUUGUUUAGAACAAUAAUUAAUUAGAAUUUUAAUUUAAUGUAAUUUAAAUUUUGUGAUCAAAUCAUGGAUUUUAUUUUUUGUUUUUCUAAAGAUAGAAGUUAAACCAUUUUAAUAACCUAGAAAAUACAAUAUUAAAAUUCCCAUCCUGGGAGUGGCUUUGUAAUUAAUGAACAGACAAAUUCCAGACGUGGUUACAAAUAUUUUUUUAAUAUAGCCCAUGUACAUUUAUUUCUUGGAUUAAAUGUAAUUAAUAAUUUAUUCAGAGUAAUUUGUAAUAGAAUUCGUAAAAUUGUUCAUAUUUGGAAUAUACUAUUAUUUAUUUAAUUUAUGAAAAUCAUUUCAUACAUUUGAUAGAUUUGAUAGUUUCUACUAUUUCAACAUGAACAAUUUACUUAACUUUUAUUUGAUUGCACCAUAAUAAAUGUACAUAUUUGAUUUGAAUUUUAGAUUGGCGUAUUUCCGUCUAAUUAUGUUACUGAAAUAUCAGAUACCAAGAGUGUCAGUAGGAGUGACUCUAAAACUUCUAUUGGAUCUCUUCAAAAAGAAGAUUACCUUAAAAAAGGUAUUUUUGAUUAUCUAUUCAAAAGUCUAAGUUACAAACCAUUGAUAUUUAAAUAUUCAUUUUGUAUUUAUGUAUUAGUAAAACACAUUAUAUCUUAAUAUUAUAAUCUUUUUCAAUACAUAAUUUAUUAUUUUUUAGAAUUACCUAUUAUGGAACCAAUCAAAACUGUAAAUAAUGCAGAACCAAAUAUUCCAGUGCUGCCUCCAAAACCAGGUACACAAAUAAAUUGAUAUUUAGAAAAUAAAUGUUAAGUAAAACUAUUUUAAUAAAUUUCUAAAUAAACACAAACUAUUUAUAUUGCAUUUAAUAAACAAAUAGUUGUUAGUGUUUCAUCAAAAAUGCACAUAAACUGAUAAGAACAAACAAUUACAGUACUAAUUAUCAAUCACUUGAAAGAUAAUUUCUUACUAUUGAGAUAUCUUUAUAGCACGGCUUCAGUAGUAUUUAAUUAUUUUCCGUAGACUGUUUGAUUAUUGACUUUAUUUGUUUAAAAGCAUCAUUUUCAUGGAUAAAAACAAUUUACUCUAAAGUUUAUUUUACUUUUUUUUAUCUUUUAAUUAAACAUUAAAUCUUUUGUAUAUUAGUUUAUUUGUAGUCCCCAAAAAAUUGUCUAUCAAUUAUGAAAUCCAUUAAACAGAGAUGGUCUAGUCUAUUCAUUUGUAAGAAGCGUCUUAACAUAAUUUUUAUUAUAUUCUAAGUGUGAAUUUGAAAUAAUAUUUAAUUUAAUUAUUCUUAUUACUUUUAGCAAUUAUUAUCAUUAAUUAUAUUAAUUAAAAUAUUUUCUUAUUUUAUAUUAUACAUUAAUUUUUUAAUUUAAUUCAUAAUGAUUUUUAUUAUAUUAUAAUAUACAUUAUUUUUUAAUUAAUUUCAUAAACAAUUAAUUAGUAUAAUAUGCAUUCUUUGUAUAGUAAUAGUCAAUCAAAUUAACUAUAUUUUAUUAAUCGGCCGGUAUUUACUUUUAGCAAUUUAUCUCAAAAAUAUAUGAGUAAAAUAAAUUAAAAGUGUUUACAAUGAUAUUAAGAAUUAAUGAUUUUUAGUUAUUAUAUACAUGCACUAUAAUUAAAACUUAGCAGCUCUAUUGUAUUUUCUAUUGUAUGAUUUCAAUGAUUUUUUUAUUGUGAAUAGCUAAAGAAGUUUGUGUAGCACUCUUUCCAUAUGAAGCAGUCAAUAGUGAUGAACUAACCUUAGUGGAGGGAGAUAUAGUUACGAUUUUAUCGCGUGAAGUAGAAGACAAAGGCUGGUGGAAAGGAGAGCUAAAGGGAAAAAUUGGUGUGUUUCCUGACAACUUUGUUCAAGUCAUGAAUCAAGACGAGGUAAUUGAUUUAUAUUAAAUUUUGCUUCUAUUGAUAUAAUAUGUAUUUUUAUUAUAUUUUGUAUACGUGUUUGUGUGUUUAUGUGUAUUGAUUCAGUUGGCAACAAAAACUGAAAAGUCAGCCAGUAGUCCACGCAGUGGUACAACAGCUUCUUUACGUAAGGUUUUCCAGAGUCAAAUGGAAAAUAAAUCAUUGGGACCGGUGUUAAAUAAAAAACCAGCUCUGCCACCACCACCGCCUACGACCAAAAAACCUCCAUCUUCUAAAAGUUCUUCCACGUCUUCCUUGUCAAAAACUCUAAGUGGCAUCAAAUCAAUGUUGAAUUCCGAACAAAACUCUGCAGACAAGAUUAAACACAUAGUGGCUGAAACUAGUGAUUCUAAACAAUAUGGAUCUAUAGCAGUAAAACGUUCAGAGUCUGUGGGUUCUAUGAAGAAAACGUCAGAUUCACCAGAUGGAUCAUCUAUGAGUAGAUCUUCGUACCAAGUUACACCAUCGUCUGUACCCGAAUCAUCACCUUCGUCAUUAGUUUUCACAAAUGUAUUUAUAUUAUAUUUUUAUUAACGUAAAUAAAAUAUCCUUAAUAUUUGUAAAACAAAUUAUGACUGAUACAUAUUUUGUGGUUAGCACAAUAAUAUUACUGCUGCUGAGACUAAGAGUCCUGAUUUCGAUCAAAUUGAGAGAACCGCUAUGCUGAGCCAUCCUACAGCAUCUCGAGUCAAGGCUCCUAGAAGGAGGCCACCGUCUUCAGCGUUUAGUGUGCCCAGUGAAGAUGAUCCUAUUUUAGAUUCUCCAACGACCAACGGAAUGGAAAAUCUACCUGGUGUAGAUAAAGAAAAAGCUCCUUGGGUUCAAGAGUUGAAAAUGAAUCAAGCAAAAAAAUCAUCAGCUGUUAAUUCGGUUAUAGGUAAGUUUGCUAUAUUUUUUCAUUAUCCUAAUAUAGGAUAUAUAAUAUAUAUAUAUAUCCUAAUAAGGAUUAGGGCUCGGAUUUAUAUGCAUAUAUAUAUUUUUACUGUGACUUGAUAAAUUAAUUUAGGCAAGUGAUAAAUUUGUGUUGAGUGAUAUUCAACGGAAUGAACUAUAUUUGAUUUUAAAUAUUCUUACGUAUUUUGCUAUAUAAUUUGUUCAUAUAGGAUUAUUUGUAUACAAUUGUAUUAUUCAAUACAGAUAAUUUCUAUUGUUUCAAAAAGUAUGUAAACAAAUUAAUACUAAAUAAAAUUAAUUAGAGAUAUCCAUUGUGAAAUAAAUGAGAUAAUAUUGCAGACUGAGCUCACUCUUUUGGACAUUGUAAUUAUAAAAUUUGCACCCAUUACCUCUAUUAAAGUGGAGUGUUCGUUUAGUUAAUAUAAAUCUGUGUUAACGACCAAACCGUAGAUUAUUUAACUUUGACAAUAUCAGCAUAUAUAAUGUUUAUGGUAUCUCAUUGAUAUCAAGUUAAAGAUGAAUAAGGUUUAAUUUCAUAAUAAUUUCAAUUCAAGUUUUUUAAUUUUUAAUUUUUUUUUUUAUCACAUACAAACCAAUUUUUGAUUACAUAUUAUUUACAUAUUUUGGUUUUAUUAAUGUAUUUAAAUCUGAGCCCUACUAAUUAUUAAUUAUUCAAUGUGUAUGUGUCAAGGAGGUGGUAAAACGCGAGUAAUGAUUAGUCCCUCUACGACCACUAUUACGUCGGAGAGCUCAGAAACUACUACAGUCACAUCCCGGUCGGGAUUGACUUCAGUAGGUGUAGGUGGUGUUGUAUUUAAACCUCCUGGUUAUGUGCCACCGCUAACUACACCUGAACAGGUAACAGUUAGCACACCAACCAGUCCUGUGGCUCCUGUAUCUACUGAUUUCAAUUCAUCUGCAUUAUCAGUGCUUAAUGAAAAGGUUAAAACACAUUGUUAUUAUAAUUUUUAUUGUUAAAUAUUCUAUUUGUCUUGCUUUUUUGUAUAGGUAAAACAAUUGGAGACCACUGUUCAAGUGCAAACAAUUUUACUCGAUAAGUUGUCGACAAAAUUGGAAUUCGAGACGGAAAAACGAAACGAGAUGGAAAAGGAAUUAAAAAAAAUCAUGGAACUUGUAACAAGAGUAUGACACGGACAAUGGUUUUUCCAUAAAAGUUAAAAUUAAUUAAUAGUUAAUUAUGAAAUCAUAAUCAAACAAGUACUUAGGCCUCCUUACCAAUUUUUUUUUAUGCAUAGUCAAAUUAUGGUUAUAUGUAUAAUGUACAUAUGUUUAAUUGACCAGGAAUUAUAAAAUCCAUUCCAUAAAUUAUACUCUAUAAAUCUUUAUUCUAUAUUCCAAUACAAUAUUAGUUUAACAACCUAACCUAACUAAAUUUUAAAUUAAUAGUAUUGAGCAUUUAUUUUGUUGUACCUAGUGUACCGUAUUAUACAUUAUUUUUACGUUUAAUCUUCUAGUCUUUUAAUGUCCAAUUAUUCACAAUUUUCAUUAACCUUAUCAUUUAAGUAUUAUUUUUAAACUAUUAUUUCUUUAUGUUGUAAUCAUUCCUUGUGUUGUUUAGUUUACUCUGAACGCUAAAUAUUGUGAUAAACAAGGGUGUAUCUUCCAAUCACUGCCUCAUACACAAAAAAACAAAAACCUAUCAUAUUUCUUAACAAACUAAAAUUGUAUUACAAAUUCUAAAUUUUAUUGAAUAGCUAACUAUUAAUUAUUAAUUUAUAAAAUCAUCGCGAAUUAUUAAAUAGUCUAAUCAUUGUUUGAAUAGGCGGUACACCCAAGCUCAUUUUCCAAAUAAUUUUUAAAUGUGAUUUUUAUACUUUUUUUUUUUUUUUUUAAAAAAAAAAACAUUUCUUAGGGUGACAUAUAUAAAUAUAUACUCAUUAUUUAUUGGUAAUCAUGAUAAAUUAUUGUACUUACCCAUAAUUGUUUUUAGUAAUUUACAAUAAUAUUAUUAUAUAGAUAAUGUCUGAACUGUUAAGUUUCGUUAUGUAUGUUAUUGGACUCCAUCUGAGUUACGGUGUUUUUGAAAAUGAAUCUAUGGAAAAAUUAAUUUUGUUAAUCAGUUGUUCUGUUAUAAUGUAUUAAAUUAAUAUGCGUGAAUCCUUCAAUAAUGGUUUCUCUUCAACUCCGAUAUGAAUAAUAUUAAAUGUUAAUUUCCCUAGUCCCAUUUUUUUAUAACACUAAAUGUAAAACCAUUUAUUUCUUAAUGUAGGAAUACAUUUUAUAGAUAUUAUAUGGAGUCAUGGCAAAUCUGUUAACUACCACCAUAAUAUGAUGUCAGCCUAUAAUAAUUAUUAUUUUAUUUUGUACGAAUCAUUAAUUUUAUAAUGCUAUUAUUUUACAUUUUUUUUUUUUUUUUACUAAUUUAUUUCUAGACAAAUUUUAGUUUAUUUUUCGUUCAACGAACCAUGUACAUAACAUUUAGCUGAUAUAUUUAAAGAAAACAUAUAUCUAUAUAGCUAAAUAUAUAUUUAUUUAUAUACAUUUGAAAAAAAAAUUAAAAAAUAAGCAAUCGACUGAUUUUGCACACAUGGUCUACAUAACGUCAUGUACUACGAAAUCAAACACGCAAUAAUUAUUAGGCUUUAUUUAUUAAAUAUUUUUUUUUGUUCAUUUUGUUUCCCCCCUUUGAUAUCCGUCCCUCAAACGACCAGUAAUUUUUUUACUCAUCAAAUGUUUUUAUAUGUAUAAUAUAUUAUAUUUUCAUAUAAAAGUAAUUCUAUAAUAUUGACUAAUUAUUUAAAAAAAAUAGAAAAAUUAUUAUAUACAUUUUCGAUGUAUUAGAGAUUCUAUGAACCGGCUACAAUGUUAUACGAUAAUAUACCAUUGAUUAUUAUAAAUUAUUUUUUAUUUUAGGAAACAAAUAUUAUCAUUAUUAUUAUUCAAAUAUUAUUAUUAACUAUUGUAAGUUGUCCAACGGUGUCAUAUAUAUUUUAUAAAUUGUUAAUUUUUAUUUUCAAUAAAAGUAUUAAAA